AUGCUCUCACGUGUUGCUGCUGUGAAGGCACCCCGCACACACAGUUAUCGCCGCGUGACCGGAUCCAGCGGAAGGAGGAGGGAAGGAAGAGAGAGUGAGCCGCGGGGGCCCAACAUGUCCCGGCGUGCGUUUACUUCCGCAUUGCUGCUCCUUCUUGUCGUGAUGAUGUGCUGCGGCACUGGUGGGGCUGCACUCGCGGAGAAUGCGCCAGGUCAGGAACCUUCACCGAGUCCAUCUUUUGUUUGGAGAGACACGACAGCUGAUGAAACAGUGAGUUUGCUCUAUGCUCCCAGUCUUGUUGGGUUGAAUGGUGGCGUGUUUGCCGUUGCCGAGGCGCAGUGCAGAAGUAAUGGUUUCAUUUUUUCUUGCAUUGCUUCACAAUUUAUAAAGUUGGGAGACAAAAAGCCAAAAGACCUGGAAACAACUCAAGUGAAAACAGAAGUACUGCAGAAAUGUUAUUCCGAUAAAGAAGGGGAAUGCCUCUUCGAAACAGCAGUUCCGACUGAUAUCCAAAACCAGCCGAGAGUACAUGUGGGCCGACCAACAACAGUUGUGGAGGGAAAUGAUAUUUACAUGCUUGCUGGAGUCUACAUAAAUGAAUAUGUCCCCAGUUGUAAAGUGGAUGCGUCUGACGCGGCUCCAUGGGGUCUUUUGCUGGUGAAGGGGAACGUCAGUGGUAAUGAGGAAAAUGACCAAAGAAUUUAUUGGAAUAAUACCCUCAGUAUCCCCUGCAAUGUUAUUGGUGAAAAUGACGACUCGUUGACAGGACACAUUGGCGGUGGUGGAUCGGGUGUUACGAUGAAGGACGGUACGCUUGUGUUCCCGUUGGAAGCCGUGAAGAAGGAUGACACAGAAAAAGAUGGAAAGAAUAAAAAUGUUUCGCUGAUAAUAUACACCUCCAAGGAUAAUAAUGAUUGGAAGCUGUCGAAGGGGAUGUCUGCCGAUGGCUGCAGUGAUCCCUCCGUCGUGGAGUGGGAGGAGGGAAAACUCAUGAUGAUGACUGCGUGUGAUGAUGGCCGCCGCAGGGUGUACGAGUCCGGUGACAAGGGGGAUUCGUGGACGGAGGCCCUCGGGACACUCUCGCGCGUGUGGGGCAACAACCAAAAGCGACAUGAGUGGGGCGUUGGAAGCGGUUUCAGCAAAGCGACGAUUGAGAACAGGGACGUGAUGCUCGUCACUCUGCCGGUGUAUGCCAAGAAGCACGAAAACGAAAAUGAAAAGGGUGAACUCCAUCUUUGGCUGACGGACAACACGCACAUUGUUGAUAUUGGGCCGGUAUCCGGGGAAGCUGAGGACGUUGCCGCCAGCUCCCUGCUGUACAAAAGUGCUGGAAGUGGAAAUAAUAAUAAUGAGGAGUUGAUUGCACUGUACGAGAAAAAGAAGGGCGGUGGGGAAAAACCAUCAUCACUCGGCAUGGUCUCUGUGCUUCUGACUGAGCAGCUGAAGCAGGUGAAGGAGGUGCUGGUGACCUGGAAGAAAGUGGACGAACGUGUCUCCAAGCUGUGCCCUUCAACUGCUGCGACGAAUCCCUCAACUGGCAAUGGCUGCAGCACUGUUAAGAUCACGGAUGGGCUGGUUGGCUUUUUUUCCGGCAACUUCUCUGGUAACACAUGGAGGGACGAGUACCUCGGGGUGAACGCUACAGUAAGUAAUAAAGAUGGUGGGGUGGAGAAAACGGAAAAUGGCGUGACAUUUAAAGGACGUGGUGCGUGGGCGGAGUGGCCUGUUGGCAAGCAAGGGGAGAAUCAGCUGUACCACUUUGCGAACCACAACUUCACUCUUGUGGCGACGGUGUCCAUCGACGGUGAGCCAACGAAGGAGGGUUUUAUUCCUUUGAUGGGUGUGCGUGCAGGCAGUGACGGAGGAACGAAACUUAUGGAGUUGUCGUACGGCAGCGGAAAGAAGUGGCAGGCGCUGUGCAGUGACGGAACAACCGCGGAGCACAGCAGCACUUGGGAGCGAGAUACGACGUACCAAGUGGCCAUCGUGCUACGGAACGGAAAACAGGGCUCCGUGUACGUCGAUGGUCAGCGUGUGUGUGAGAGUAUGCGAAGUAAAUUGGAAACUACAGAAUCGAAAGGGAUUUCCCACUUCUACAUUGGAGGGGAUGGAGUCAAUGCAGAGAACACAGCGGGUGACGAAGGUGUGUCUGUGACUGUGAGGAACGUCCUGCUGUACAACCGCCCGUUGAAGUUUACUGGUGGGAGUGCCGAUUUGGAAGAAGAUAUUGCAUCACCCUCUGAGGCUCCAGUGGAGCAAGCGGCCUUGCAGCAGUCUCGAAAGAAAAGUGAAGAACAGCAAGUGCCGGCAGUUUCGAGCUCCCAUGCCGUUGGAGAAACAACAGGCGACGGCGGCAUUGUGCGUGGGAGCGGACUGCUGCCGUCGCUUCUUCUGUUGUUGGGACUGUGGGGGUUUGCGGCUCUGUGA